AUGUCGUCGAGGGUGGUAAAAAAUCAUCCAAAGUUGGACGACAACGCUGAUGGCCGGGAAACCUGGUCCGGCAAAGUUGAUUUCCUUCUGUCUGUCAUCGGAUUUGCUGUCGACCUUGCUAAUGUCUGGAGAUUUCCCUAUCUAUGUUACAAGAAUGGCGGUGGGGCCUUUUUAGUUCCAUACUGCAUAAUGUUAGUGGUAGGAGGUAUUCCUCUGUUUUAUAUGGAACUUGCCCUCGGCCAGUUCAAUCGAAAAGGUGCAAUUACCUGUUGGGGACGUCUAGUGCCACUUUUAAAAGGAAUUGGUUAUGCAGUGGCCCUAAUCGCAUUCUACGUAGACUUCUACUACAACGUGAUUAUUGCCUGGGCAUUGAGGUACUUCUUCGCCUCGUUCUCCAGCCUUCUGCCUUGGACUACCUGUGACAAUCCAUGGAAUACGCCACAUUGUCGCGCAUUUGAUGCAAACAUUUCUUACACGUUCGAUGAUACACAUCUUGUCGAUUCGCUCGAUUCUAUAGACUCUAACUCAUCUUUAAUUGAGGAACGGUUGGAUAGAAAUUCAAAUCAAGGCUACAACAGUACAUGGUACACGAGUGCUGCCCAAGAAUAUUUCAACCGAGCUAUUCUGGAACUUCAUGAAAGCGAAGGUUUACACGAUCUUGGAAAAAUUAAAUGGGACAUUGCAUUAUGCCUGUUGGUGGUUUAUAUCAUCUGUUACUUCUCCUUAUGGAAGGGAAUUUCUACUUCCGGCAAGGUCGUUUGGUUCACAGCUCUAUUCCCUUAUGCUGUUCUACUGAUUUUACUUAUACGAGGUGUCACAUUGCCCGGAAGCUUUGAAGGAAUACGCUACUACCUGAAUCCAAACUUUUCCGCCAUCACAAAAGCAGAGGUCUGGGUAGAUGCCGCGACGCAGGUGUUUUUCUCUCUUGGUCCAGGAUUUGGGGUGCUUCUAGCUUAUGCGAGUUAUAAUAAAUAUCACAAUAACGUUUACAAGUAA